AUGGCCACAAUGUCACGCCCAAUGGCUUCUCGGAGCAACAGAGAGGGAAGAGGACAUGCCUUCCCGGUGGACUCUCCAAGCUUCUGCUUGAAGAUUGUUACUGGUGUGGAUCUCCAAGAUGGGAAGGAACUCCCGGAGCCAGCUGUGAGGAAGUAUGGGAAUUGUAUGGAAGACUCCAUAUUCCUCAAGGUUCCCAAUUGCGAAACUUCAUGGCCAGUAGAACUGAAAAAAACGAUUCGUCAUAGCCGAAUCUGGCUACAGAAAGGAUGGGAACAGUUCACAGACUUUUACUCCGUAGACCAAGAUUACUUCAUAGUGUUCAGCUAUGAAGGAAAACAUUCUCAUUUCCAAGUACACAUUUUCCACAACAACAAUAUGGAAAUAGAUUACCCAAUUUGUGGAGGAGGAGGCGGUGGAUGUAUGUCUAAUUUACAAGGUAGCUCCUUUCCCUCUGCGUCAUCUGCUGCUAGAGACCAAAACAGUAACAACCUACAAGGCUUUCAUGGAGCUAACAAGUACAAAGUUGACAAGCCAAGAUUUUGGAUCACAAUGACUGCAUCAUACUUGUCAGUUUACUUGAACAUACCUGCACAUUUCACUAUUAAAAAUCUGUGUGGGAUAGGGUCUUCUUGCAAUGUGACUUUACAAAUUGAAGGUAAGAGAACUUGGACUGUUCUUUGUAGUGUUAGCAAAUGUGGGUUAAAAGCAAGAUUCAAUCCUGCUGGUUGGAAAGCAUUUGUUAAGGACAAUCAAUUGGAAGCAGGUGAUCAUUGUCGGUUCGAGUUGAUAGGCGAACGUAAGCUCAAAGUCGUCAUAUCCUGA